AUUUGGGGUUUUCUUUCUUUCUUUCUUUCUUCUCAACUCAACCUCCCUCUUCCUUCACUACUGCUUCUUCACAACUUUAACUUUUCACCGCCUCCCCCGAAAAUAUUAGUAUUCUAUUCCACCUAAAAGAAAGGUAAUUAAAUUGAUUGCACCAUUUUGGAGAGAGGGAGAAAGAAAGCAGUGAGGGAUCCACUCUUUGCUUAUAAGCUUGUGUUUGUUUAGGGUUCAUACACCCAAUAACAGAUUACCUAUUCUCUUUGGUUUUCUGCCUAAUUACAAUCAUAAUUCUCCCUUUCAUUAGCUUAUCUUUAUUUCUGACCAAACCAACAACUACAGCAGCUUCAAAGAUUUAAGAUAAGAUGGCUGAAGAAAAAAAUCCAAUUCCAAAUGGUUUUGAUCAGAGCUCAGUCGGUGGAUCAAAUCCUCCUGUUGCAAAGAAGAAGAGAAACCUUCCAGGAAACCCAGAUCCUGAAGCUGAAGUCAUAGCCUUGUCACCGAAGACUCUGAUGGCCACCAACAGAUUCUUGUGUGAAAUAUGCGGAAAGGGUUUUCAAAGAGAUCAGAAUCUGCAACUUCAUCGACGAGGGCAUAACCUUCCAUGGAAGCUGAAGCAAAGAACUAGCAAGGAAGCAAGAAAACGCGUUUAUGUUUGUCCCGAAAAAACCUGUGUCCAUCACCAUCCUUCUAGGGCUCUCGGUGACCUAACAGGCAUUAAAAAGCACUUCUGUAGGAAGCAUGGAGAGAAAAAGUGGAAGUGUGAGAAGUGCUCAAAGCGAUACGCUGUGCAAUCCGACUGGAAAGCCCACUCGAAAACCUGUGGCACUAAGGAAUACAAAUGUGAUUGUGGAACUAUAUUUUCCCGGCGGGAUAGCUUUAUCACCCACAGAGCAUUCUGCGAUGCCUUGGCAGAAGAAACUGCAAGAGUGACGGCAGCAUCAAACAUGAACAACUUGGCCAACAGUGGUCUCAAUUAUCAGCUUAUGGGGACUCCACUAGGGCCAACCAUGGCGCAACAUUUCUCUGCUGUUUUUAAGCCAAUCUUAAGCAAUGACGAUACAAUGGAUCAAACAAAGAGAGGACUCUCUUUGUGGAUGGGUCAAGGAUCUCAAGCUCAUGAAACAGUAGGCAAUAAUCUCCAAGAAAUUCAUCAACUUGGUACUGUGAAUUCAGGAUCCCUCUUCGGGGAUCCUCUUGUUUCUUGUUCAAAUCCUCCACCAUCCGAUUACCAGUUAAAUUGGGUGUUCGGAAAUAAGCUCUCUCCAAAUAAUAAUGGUGAAGCCCUAUCAAGCACUUCACUCCCAUUAAGCGAUGUCAAGGGAACUGGAACUCAGCUUGUGAGUGUUCCUUCUCUGUAUAGUUCCCAACACUCUCAUCACGCGACGUCGGCUAAUAUGUCAGCGACAGCCUUGUUGCAAAAAGCUGCACAAAUUGGAGCAACUUCAACAGACUCCUCGUUCUUAGGGAGUUUUGGGUUGAAGUGCAGCAAUAAUCAAGUUCAAGAUGGUAACAAAUACUGUGGAUUGUAUGGUUCAAAUUCAAACCCAGUAGGCAUCAAUCUCGGAAGCGAUGUGGAGAACUCUGGGAGUGACAUUACAACUUUGAAUCAGCUGCAAAUGUACCCGGCAGCCAAACGCCGGCACUUGCAGAGUGAUGACAGUAGAGGAGGACAAACCAGAGACUUCCUAGGUGUUGGCGUGCAAGCUAUCAGUUGUCACCCAUCAUCCAUCAAUGGAUGGAUUUAAUUAAUAUGCUCAAAUUACAAGGGAAUUGCAUGAGUUGCAUAUUUCCUCAAUGGAAAAGCAAGUUGAUACAAUUAAGUGGAGUUGAAGUGUGGGAGAAAGAAAGAGGAAAUUUAUUAAUUAGAAACUUUACGGAGAGAAGAAAAGGUAGGCAUUGAGUGCUUAAUGGGAGUUUAAUUAAAAGUUGUGUACUGAGAAAAACUAUUCAAAGAGCCCAAGGAGAACAUCCAUGCAUAUUCUGUUGAACCCCUUUGAAGAUGGCUGUUUUUAUUUUUGAUAAAAAAGGGGGGUGAAGUGGUGGGGGCAAAACAAUACCCCCUUUUAAGCUCUAUUAUUGCAAUCUUUCAUCUGUGUUGUGGUUACUGUCUUGUCCAACUGGAUUUAAAAGAAUAUUUCCAGUUACAAAAGGCUUUGAUUCUAGCACAAAUAGCCUUUAGGCCCUGUUGUUUAAAAUAAACUAUAGCUUUUCCCUUCA